AGAAUAAUAACAAAAAUGAAAACCGAACUAAACCACUCUCAUCGUCCUUUCUUUCUAAUCCGACCCCACUGCGGAAGAAUACUGUAAUUUCCGGCGAUCUCCUGCGGUGGCUCCGAUUUUCCAUCUCCGAUUAUUUUCGUAUUGAUUAUUGUGGGAAGAUAGUGAAGAUGAACAAUCCAUCUGCUGCGUCGUCCUCAAAGCAAAGAACUGGGUCGUCUCAGCCCUCUGAAAUCUCUUUUAAGCGCAAAAGAGGGGUUUUUCAGAAAGAAUUGCAGCACAUGAUGUAUGGUUUUGGUGAUGACCCUAAUCCCCUUCCAGAAUCUGUAGCACUUAUGGAAGAGAUAGUUGUGGAGUACAUCACUGAACUGGUGUAUAAAGCCCAGGAAAUUGGAUCCAAGAGGGGAAAACUAUCUGUGGAAGACUUUUUGUAUUUAAUGCGCAAGGAUCCACGCAAAUUGAACCGCUCUACCGAACUGUUGUCGAUGUACGAAGAGCUGAAACAGGCAAGGAGAGCUUUCGAGAUAGAUGAAGAUAAGCUGAAAAAAGCUUUUGAAGAGGAAGACAAGAUGGAUUAGUAAUCAUAGGAAGAUAUUUUGGAGGUCAAUUGUAAUUGUUGCUGCACAAACAAAGUUCGUCUCAUUAUGGGAUCUUGUCAUAUUGAAAGUCAACCGACAGGUCUUAACUCUCUGUCUUUGUCAACCUUUUUAGACAGGACAAAGCAAAGCAAUUAGCUUUAGCAAGGAUUAUUUUGUUCUAUCUGCUUAAUGGCAAUUGAUGUAUAUUAAUCCCCUUCCUCUUAGCCUUGACCUACGUAUAAAGGUGGGGGCUUCCCUAUUGUACACACACUCCUUUUGGAAUUAAUGAAAUUAACCUCUUUUUGAA